AUGGAAGUAAUACCAAAAAUGGCAUGUCAUCUAAAAUAUGCUUUUUUUUGUGGAAAAGAGUCUCACGAAAGAGACAAAUGUCCAGCAUCGAAGUCAAAAUAUUCAGGAUGUGAGAAAAUAGGACAUUGGAGAAAGGUGUGCAAAAGUUCAAAAUCAGUUAGACAUAUAGAACAGGAAAAAGAUUUUGGAAAAGAAGAUACUGAGUAUUUUUUAGGGCAGAUUAAGGUACAUUCUAUGAUUAAGGAAGGAAGAAGGAAGUGUAAUUGUGAGGUAGAAAGAUUUGAUAAGCCUGUACAAUUUUUGAUCGAUUCAGGAGCCGAUGUCAUUUGUAUACCUGACAAAUUGUUACCAAGAUCAAUGCAAAAUGAAAUAGAACCCAGCACUGAAAUUAUAUCGGAUCCUGAUGGUAUAUACAAUUAG